UUGGAGACAAAAAUUAACGUGACAUAACGUGUAAAGUUUCUUUUGCGUUUGACGAGGAAGGAAGAAAAAUGACGGACGGAUUCGGUAGCAUAACAUGGUGGGGAUUUAGCCCUGCUUUAGAUUUACAACAGAAAGGAAUAUCAGACCAGUUGGAAAAGCUGAAGAUAUCACAAGAUGCUUGUCCUGAUGAAUUGAAUAUUCUAGUAGUUGGUGCUGGAGAUUUACGUCAUCUAUUAAAGACAAUAGCAUCUACAUGGAGACAUCCCAAACGUAAAUUACAUUUUUAUGUUAUUGAAUCAGCAUUAGAGGUAUAUGCUCGUGAUAUGUUGUUACUUAAUAUAGCUCUUGAACCACAGAAUAGAAUGGGUUUACAAGAAAAGACAGAACUGUUUUUGGAAGUAUAUGGAAAUACAUAUAUUCGACAGCAAUCUUGUGAAUAUGUUCAAAAAAUGUCCACUGAACUUAUCAAAAUGGUGACUGAUUUUGAUUAUCUAGAAAAAAGAAUGAACAUAGUCGACUUGUCUCAACUUAAAUUUAAAGAAAGAGAUUUUUUGGAAGGAAUAUUUAAAUUUUGGAGAAAUCCUGAUAAAUCUUUAUUUGAUGUCGCUAAGAGCUGGGAUUUACGUGAAAGGAAUAGACUGGGCGUCAGGUACGAUUCUAAGAAAAAUGUCUACGAUUGGGAUUAUCACAUGAAAUUAGCGGAAGCUGGGGCAGAUAUUAUACAUAAAACAGAAUAUAGUAACUGGAGAGAGUCUGGUAUAGCCUUUACUAUCAGAGAGGGAACAUACGAUAUUCCUAAUAAAACACUAGCAUCUGGUAUGAUAUUUAAGCAGGAAGGUGAGCUCCAUGCUAGAAGAGGCUACUGGGGAGACAUGAUCGUCGGUCCGUUUAUAACUUUUGGUAUUGAAUCUGAUGAAAAAUCCUUCUUUAAGAAAACAAAUGAAUUAUAUACAAAGACAUCAGAGAAUGUAUCAGAGUUUAAUGUUACAUCAAUAUUUUACGAAUUAGUUCAUAAAGAGAAAUAUAUUUUACCAACAACAGAAUCAAAACCUGAAGCACCCAAAUUACAAGAAAUAACAGAAGAAGAUGAGGAGGAAAUAGAAGAGGAAGUGACAUCAUCAGUAACCAAUGGUGAUAAACCAAGGCCAGCAGAUAAUCAAUAUGAUCCUAUACCAGUAGAGAAUGUGAAGAUAACAUUUUUACCGUUAAAUUCUAUAGAAGAUAUCAAGAAAAAAUCUAAAUAUAAUAAAUUAUUCCAUCUAGUGUUCUUCUCUAACAGUAUGGUUCAUCAUUUGAAACCUGAUAUAACCAGUAUAUUAGCUGAUCAAUGUACAUUAAUACUAGAAACAGCCAGAUUUAUGUUAGAACUAAAAACUGAACAAACAGAAGAAUUUGUAGAUAAAAUUUGUGGUAUGGCAGAGUCUGCUGGUUGUAAGGUGAUGAAGCCAUAUAAUAAGAAGAAAGAUAAUUGUAUUACUUGUUUUUACAACAGAUCAGCAUCCUCAUCCUCUUGAUGUUCCCUCACAUCCUGCUUCUUCAUCCUUUAUCACCUUCCAUACUACACAUUUCCUAAUUUCAGGCAACACCUCUUCUGUUCUUCUCAUGAGUUAUUCUUUCAUCAUCUCUCCUCAAUUCUUUAGAUUUUAAUUUGGGAACAGAGAUAACUUUCUACCACUCGCCCCACCCUCCCCAAUGUUCUCAUUAUUGUACAGUAUAUAAUUUAUAUUAUUUAUAUGAAUUAAAUAUUUUAAAAUAAAAAAUAUUGUUUUGUCCUCACACCCAAGUAUUAAGCUCUAUCCCAUGUGUGUAGGUGGCUAGGAGUAGAGUUUCCUCCAGGUAUUUGUUUAUCAUAGGCCCUCAUUAGUAAUAGUAAUGUGACACUACUGUGUUUUUAAAUAGAUUAAUUAACUCUGGCCUUCACAUUGUGUAUAAACUAUUUCC